AUGUCAACAUUAGAUCUGAAAGCAGGUUAUUGGCAGGUGGAAGUUGCAGAAGAGGAUCGUCAUAAAACUGCAUUCACCACACCUUUCAGAACGUUCCGAUUUCAUCGAAUGCAUUUCGGCCUUAAAAACUCACCGACGACGUUCCAGCGCCUGAUGGAUCACUUUCGGACCGGGCUAAGUGAUGUUUGCGUGGUUGCCUACCUCGACGAUUUGCUUGUUGUUUCUGAUGAUGUUGCAUCUCAUGUACGAGAUCUAAGAAAAGUCUUCGACAGACUCAGAAUGUUUGACUUGAAAGCCAACCGUGAUAAAUGUAUAUUUGCUAGGAACAGAGGAAGAUACCUAAGUCAUGUGAUUUCCUCUCAAGGAAUCCAAACGGAUCCUGAGAAGGUUGCAGCUAUAGUAAACAUGAGAUCUCCUUCUAAUUUGAAGAGUUACGUAGCUUCCUUCAAACUUGUAGUUGGUUCCGGAAAUUCUUUCCGCAAUUUUACGAAAUAG